AUGCCUUACCACUUGCCAGUUCUGCUGAAUCCGCUGGUCAAUGCAGUCUUCAAUUGCCCGACACCCCACACGUCUGCGCUGAGAAAGGUGUUUUCACAAAUAGCGAAAAGAAGGUUUCUAUUAGUGGCCCCAGACACCGAAACUUUGACCGAGUAUGAGGACCUUGAAACUGGACAACUUUUGCCAGAGCUCUGCUACACUCACGAAUUUGUCGCGGAUCAUAUUGUGAUGCUAGACUCUCGUGAUGGUAUGCCAGUCGAUGAGUUUAGGACCCUUAGUGGUAAGACAAUAGUGGUGCGCAAUCAGCAAGGAACUUUAUUGACGGGCACCGGGUUCGACACUCGCAGGCGAUGUAGAAUUCUGGAAGCCCGUCUUCUGACAAAUUUUAAUGACUAUUUGGAGGGUUCAUCCUCCUAUCCUGUGAUACACGUCGACUUUCCCUUUACUGGGCGGCUUGCCAGGAGAGACGAGUGGCAACUAUUUAAAAGUUUGAAACCUGUUGCCAGUCGAGAAAAGAACGUCGAGAAAAGUAGUAAAUUCGAAUAUUCGACGAAAGAGACAAUAUCUCUUGAGCAAAUGCUUCGCAUCAAUCCGACCCAUGCAGAUCAGCUAAGUGUCAUUUUCGAGACUGAGCGAAAGCUCCUUACUUCCUUCAAAUACAACGCAAAUGUACUGGCUUCGCACUUUGCAGAAACGUGUGAGAAAGCUUUCGAAGUGAUAAACAAGGACCCAAAUUUUCAGCACCUGCCGAACGUCCAAAUGCAUGUCCAUGAGUACGUAGAGCUCAGUCUCUAUGACGACUUUUGGGCACAACUCACCAACUCGAUGAAAGCAGUUGAAAUAGAGGCCUUGAGCGAUUAUAACUUACUGAGGAACAUCUCGAUAUCCCAAGUACCCUCGUUCCUUUAUCCCAUGAACAACUCCAAAUUCGACUUACGCUUUGUUACUCAAGUCGAACAGAACUUACUAGAGGCCGUAGACUGUCUGAGAAAGCUUUCCUCAACUAACUGUCACUCUGCCAAAGCAAAAGUCAUCGUCGAUACCUUGCAAACUCUCUCAAGAACCAUUUCAGUUGACGGUAUGACUAUACCAAUCGAUGCAGAUACCUUAGUGAGUCUACUGGUCGUAACUGUGUGCCGUGCGGGGGUGAAAGACCUCAAGAGUCAUCUGUUUUAUUUGCAGGAAUUUGCCAAGGAUUCGGUCCAGAUUACAUUUGGCGUAUUAGCAUAUGGAAUGUCGACUCUGGAAGCAGUUCUGAGCUAUUUUGACGUCCCUGAAAAGGUCCAUUCCCUGGAACACAAUGGUCGUAUGAACCUGGAAUUCUGGUCGUGGCUAUCAAAUCUUGACGCCAGCGUCAAAGCAGGUGAUCCUCAAGAUCUCGAAAAAAUGAUUCAGGUAAGGACAUCCUCCGGGCAGUCAUCGUUAGCCUUUUGCAUACAAGAAAAACAAGAACGGGCAUUUGAACAUUUGAUCAAUAACUAUGAAGCUCAGGUCCCUCUUGAAGACUUGCUACACGAUCAAAAUGUUGAGGGCUCAAAUCUGCUGAUACAAAUGCUGGAUGGUGGAUGCUACGAGCUUGCGGAUAAAUUUGUCGACAUGCUCUGCCUCAAUUGCACCAAGAGGGAGUUAAAGGAAUUUUUAAAUCGAUCAAACAGGUACGGGCGUACUUCAGGUCAUUACCUUAUGCAUGCUCCCGAUCUCAUUAAGAAACUAGGAAUCUUUUUGAACUGGGAAAAACAAGACUGCAAUGGUCAAACACCAUUAUUUGCAGUAAUAAGAGCGUAUGAUCAACCUAGUUAUGAGGAUAUGUUCAUGGAAGCAUAUAACUGGGCCACGGAGUGGUGCAAGCUCCAAAGAAAAGUGUUCAGAUCUUCGCUUCAUACAGACACAAAAGGAAACUCCCUGCUUCACGUUGUGCGGUCAAAUGCUUCCUUUUUACUAAAUGAUGCAUCCGCCAAUGUCAACGCAACAAAUAAGAAUGGACUAACACCUUUGAUGGUUUAUGCCAAAUACAAUCGACUUGAUAACGUGAAAUGUAUCAUUAAAGAUAGGCGCCUUAUCCUUGAAAAGUGUCAGGAAGGAACAUACCUAAAUUGUUUUGAUUUCUUCAAGAAUCCCACAGUAUUAAGAGAAAUGGGUAAACAACCCUCCAGUAUUGCCUGCUUGCCGCUCAAAUUGAUCCUUGCACGCAGCAUAAAAUGUGAAAACAAUGAGUGGGUUGUGUGGAUGACCUGCCGAUCGAAGGGCUCCACGAAUGUGGUGAUGCGGCCCUUGAGGUUCAUACAAAACCUCUUGUUACUUUAUUGGAAAGCUUACCCAAGGACUUUUUUACCAUUAGAGGAAUUCGUAAACGAGCUUCAUGAGCUUUGUAAACUCAACAUUCUAGUCUUAUACAGGCUACAAGCUCACGUCUUUUUAAGGAAGCUAUCAAUAAUGUUGAGCAUUAUUCUACAAGAAAGUAUUUUCGCCGAUGCUUUUCAUAGCUCCGAUCUGAAUAUCAGCCAGCAUAUCGGUGACGAAGGAAACAGGGACCAGUCUAAAGAAGACUCGGGAUUGAUUGAGCCAGAUCAAAUGACAAGUAUUCAACGAGUUUUGAAAUUCAACCGCUCAGAGAUGAUGCUCUUCCGAGCAAGGGCUCACAUAUUGAAAAAACUGUCCGCUUCUGCAGAGCUGAAGGAAACAGACCUCACGAAGGCCCAUCAACUUUUGGCAAAAAGAGUGAACCUAUUUUUCAAUUCUUUUGAGCACUGCGGAGAAAUGUUCCCUGAUUUGACCUUCUUGAGAAAAAGACCGGACUGCGGCUCUAUUGCGAGCAGCCUCAAUUUUCUACAAAGGUGUACAGAGGUCCUUAUUGCAAACAUUGACAAAGCUUUAAAUGUGGAUUUGCCAAAAUGGUGGCACGCAUAUGGCGAAUUAGCCGCCUCCCGCCAUGAGUACCAAAAACACUUUCCGGACUCUGUGAGACCGAAUGGCGCGGCAAGUUCGGGCUUAUUUCGGUCUUACAUAGAAACAAAAAGGUCGAAAUUAGCGGACACUAUCUCGACCAAAAUCAAACGGAAUGUCAAUUACUUAACCAAAGUUGGUUGGGACAUUAAACAAGAGAACGAACGCUUAGCGGUUGAGGUCAACAAUUUUCUCAUGUUCAAAAAUGAAUUUUGGACAAUACUGACCGUUCGUGAGCACACAGAACUGAAUAUCCAAAUGCUGCAGGAACAUUUAAUUUGUCUGGAAGAAUCAUUACUCAAUUAUACCGAGCAGUUCAAUAACGAACAUGUUAAUAAUUUACAUAGGGGAUUCUAG